AAAAAAAAAGGCCGCACACGCGACAAAAUCCAACACCACGCGCACUCUUUGUUUAAUCCCGUUUGUUUUCGUGGUGUAAGAAGACGAACGCUCGAGUAAACGCACGUUUUCUCAGGAGGAAUGCGCUCGGAGCGUGAAGUGUUCAUCAGAUGUUAGUCGCAUCCUUUAUCCUCGGAGGCAGCGGCAGGGCCCAGCAGAUGGAAGCGCGCGGUUGACUCCCCCUGCCUCUUGCUGUGGUUGUAAAUGGCAGCAUGCUGGUUAAAGCUGGCAAAGACUCAGAGCUCUGCUCAGACUGUGGAUGCAGUUUGAGUCCCCUCCAUUCUGAGCCUGACCCGUCCAGCACAUCAGCUGCAGCAAAAGCCUCAGAUCGCCCUUCCAGAUGUCCAUCCUGCCAGGCAGGCAGCAGCCCCUCGAAUGGUCGGAGGUCCCACAAGCACCUGAACCCUCACAGCUGCACCCUCUGCACCAAAACCUUCAUCUCCUCCGCUCACUUGAACCUUCACCUGGCCUCGCAUGACAAAGAGAGGAAGUUUAGGUGCAACAUCUGUGGCAAGUUGUUCCAACAGUCCGCCCACCUCAUCGUUCACAAGUCGAUCCACAGCGGAGACAGGCCGUUUAAAUGCCCCGAGUGCGGGAAGACUUUUGGCCGGGCUUCGCAUCUUAAGACGCACCGGCGGCUCCACACAGGAGAGAAGCCUUUCAGGUGUAUCUACUGCAACAAGGCCUUCACCCAGAAGGCCGGGCUUCUGUCACACAUUCGCAUUCACACCGGGGAGAAACCGUUCGUGUGUGAACAUUGUGGCGCCAGGUUUCGCUCUCAGUCGCUUCUGCUCUCUCACAAGGCUCAAGAGGCCUCCGGGCAGGCGAAACCAGCACCUGUUCGUGCACCCACACUCAGCCAGCCUAAGGGAACACAAGGUAAUGCGGAGGAUCUGAAGUGUGGCGUCUGCUGCCGCACCUUUGUGCACUCAUCUUACAUCAGGCUGCACGUACGCCUCAAAAAAGGACAGCGUCCGUAUCACUGCAAGGUGUGCAACAAGACCUUCGUCAAGCUGGACACGUUCAUUAACCACUGUGACAAACACUUGAAAAAGAAAAACGAGCUCAAGUACAAAGUCGUGAAACCCCCCCUCUUUGUUCCGCUCUCCAGGUCUACAUCUCCUGAGACUUCGCCGGCUCAGUCCUUGUCCUCAGAGGUCAACACCUGCUCCAAAGCUAAAUCAAAGUCUUUUAAGACUGAGCCAUAG